AUGGGCAGGACCAUAUCCCGCGUUUUGAUCGGGGCAGCUGUCUUUGCCUAUGGCUUCUUUACAGUUAUUCUUUACGACCUCGUUGCCUUAGCGAAAGGCACCUACUUUAGACGCCCCACUGAAACCGAGAAACGAGACCUACAGCUUGCUCGUGCUCGCCUGUGGGAUUUAUCUAAAGAUUUCGAAGGUCUCUCUCACCACAUUCUAACCUUGCAAAGCGGAUUCAAGUUCCAUUUUGUUAGUAACGAUACUCCAAACACACCGAAAACCGUCAAUUCCGAUAAACCAUUGGUCAUCUUCAUCCACGGAUUCCCCGAUAGCUGGGCGAUCUGGCGACACAUUAUCAAAAACCCUGCUCUGCAAGAGGCCGUUUCACUAGUUGCGAUUGACCUCCCGGGAUAUGGAGGAACAGAGAGCCUGGAAGAAUAUAAUGCAACGAAUGUCUUGGAGAAAUUGACAGAGCUGAUCGUCACUCUGCGAACCCAGUAUGGCGUGGACUCGGGCAACGAGAGCAACAAGAAGAGGACGAUAAUUGUCGCCCAUGAUUGGGGUUGUGUCUUGUCCAUGCGUCUCGCUGCCGAAGCUCCGUCCCUAGCCCAUCGGUUCAUCCUGUCCAAUGGACCAUCAAUCAAAUUGGUUGAAUCUAAUAUCCGCCGUCUACUCUUCUCGACUAAUAAGAUGCUCGGCAACGCCUGGCGUUCACCAAUGCAUGCCCGCGUCCCGCUGAUGCAAGCACUCCGAAGCUUCACCCCUCUCGCCCGCCAGCUUGUCCUAUCCGGCUAUAUCUUUGCCAUGCAGCUACCAACGCCAAUUGUCUACUACCUCCUGUCCGGAGGCAACCAGUCACUAUUGAAAAUUUGCCACCUCACCUCCUACAACAAGGACGAAUAUACUUCCCUCGACGUGGCCAACAGUAUGGCCAGCACCAUGGGUCCGUCCACCGCAGAAUCGGAUACUAAAACUUCCAGCGGUGAUGCCUAUCCUGCCAACCUCAGCCAGCGCGCGUUCGCACAUGUCAUGCACAUGGCGGCUUAUUACCGUGAUCGGGCGGCGACGGCGUCUUGGACCAAGUCUAUUGAAACGGUCGCUAGCUUACACAGUAUUUCAUCCGGAAAGCGACUGUCCAGCAGCGGAGCUGGACUGUUUGACGAAGGUCCCCCGGGCGCUCUCAAAGCUAGCGCAACCAUUUUCUGGGGCAAGGAUGAUAUUGCUCUUGACCAGAGGAUCUGCCUUGAUGGGAUGGGUGAUUACUUAGCGCAGGGAUCCCAUAUUGUGCUGCUUCCCCGCACGGGACAUUGGACGCCGGUUGAGCGUGAGAGCGGCGCAGCUUUGGUCAAGACUAUUGAAUGGGCUGCUCAAGGUGAAGAGACAGACAUCGGGACGGCCAUCGCUGAAUCCUACCCGGGUGUUCAGGUCACCUUUUCGCGAUAA